CAGCAUGGGCGAGCGGCGGGCGGCGGGGGGGUGAGCCUGGCCGCCCCGGCCCGGCCCGACCCCGUCCCGUCCCAUCGCAGCCGGUCGCAGCAGCCGUCCACAUGUCGGGGCCCGGGGCACAGAGCCGCAGCCGGCGGCUGCCCGCUGACAUGGAACAAGCACAGAGGAGCCUGGAUGCAGAGCAGAUGCAGCAGCAGCAGAUGAAGCUACGGGACCGUCAGAAGUUCUUUGAGGAGGUCUUCCAGCACGAUGUGGAUUUCUUCUUCCCAAUAUCCCACCUGCAGAUAGAGCACCGGAGACCCCCCUUAGGCAGCAUUUCCUCCAUGGAGGUCAACGUGGACAUGCUGGAGCAGAUGGACAUGAUAGACCUGUCAGACCAGGACACUGUGGACGUGUUUCUGGGCUGUGGGACAGAGGAGAGUGGUGUUGCUGGGCCCCUGACAGGGGCAGACGCAGGCCAGUGCCCAGAGGAAAUCACCUUGCAAGUACCCAACACAGCCGAGAGCAAGUCCCGCAUUUCCUCCACAUCCUCCGUCUCCACGGACCUGAACAGCCUGGACACCAGCGAGGAGGGGGCUGAGACCCCUGUGGUGCAGUCGGAUGAGGAGGACCUGCAGGAGGACAGUCCCAAAGAGCAGGAGGCAAGGAGCUAGCAACCAGCUUUGCCCUGCUCCCAGCCUCCUCUGUACAGACCUGCCAGCCCGGAGGAAGGAAAGCUGCUGGCACUCUGUAAACCCCAUCCUGGACUGCUGCCCUGCAGGAGGGGAGAGAUGGUUUUCCUCUCCUCUUCCUCCACAGUUUUCUCCCGGCAGCCAAGUGAGAAGGAAAGGGGUACAGUAGGCUCCCAAAAUUAACUCUUCAGGCUUUGCUGCUAACACUCCCUGCUUCACUCCCCCAAAAUGCUCAGCAUCCCACAGCUCACCAUUCCCAGAAAGACAACCCUUGAGAUCCCAGCCUCCCUCAUCCUACUGACAAAGGUCCCAUCCAGACAAACAUUUUAACAAUGGCAUACAGAGAAAUGUACAGCCUAAAGCA